AUGGAUAAAGAUUCAAAUUCACUUGUAGCAAAUGAAGAAGUUAAAGAACUGACAAUUCAAAGUUGCACUACCUCUGAAGAUCACUCUUCACUACUGCUCCCUGUUAUUAAUCCCUCAUAUCCAGUAUUUUCAAAUUUGAUGGCAGGUAAGAUAGACCCUGUCCUAGAGCUUGAAGAGCCUGCUGGAGUUCCAUUGGAGCCAAAUUCUGGUGUGAACGAAAGAUGUUCAGUGUCAAGUAUGCCACCAUCUUCCGUGAUACUAGACAAAAAGGAUGCUUCUGUAUGGUCCUCAUCAAAUAUACGCCCUACAGAACCGACAACAGAGCUCACAUCAGCAAGGGAUCUAUGCAUUGCUAUACUGAGAAAAGAUGGACUCAUAACUGAGUCACAAACUAAAAUCAUUUCAGAGGAAUCCACUGAUUGUAAUGCCAACCACUUGGUGACAUGCAAUGCUUGUGGAAGCUUGGAUGUUCCACUAAAGAUGCUUAUAUGUGAUUCUUGUGAAGCAGCAUUCCAUUUGCCUUGUUGCAUCCCUUGUAUUAAGGUGGUACCAGCUGGUGAAUGGUAUUGUCAGCCAUGCUUGAAGAAGAAACCUAAGAGUCUUUAUGGUCAACUAUUAGAGGGCAAGGUCAGGUCUUCCGGGAAUAUGGACCAAAGGCCUCAUGGCAUGAGUCAUAUAGAGUACAUGUUCAAAGAUGUCGAAUCAUACGUUACUGGGGUUCGACUUGGUGGAGAUUUCCAAGCUGAAGUGCCAGAAUGGUAUGGUCCCAUUUCCAGAAGAACAUCGUUGGGGCGUAACCCUUUUAGGAACGUGCCAUAUCGUGACCAGGGUGUGGUGUUAAAUGGGCAAGGGUCGGGCCAUCCACCCCCUGGUGGCGUGCUGUAUCUUGAUCUGGAUACAGUGAUAAGUGAGCAAGGAUCAGGUCAUUGCAUCCUUAGUGGCGCUAUAUCGACCCCCGGGUGUAGUGAAAAAUGUGCAAGGGUCUUCGCAUUUGACUCGAUGAGUGCGAAGGCACGCAUAGUCGCUAGAACGAAGUGGUGGAAGCUCAAGGCUUUCAAGGAGAGGGUUAUUAAGGAGGGCUCUUGGGAGGAAGGAGGUGAUGCAAACAAUAUGUGGACGAAGGUGGCGACUUGCGUUUGGAAGGUGGCUUUAGAGGAGUUUGAGAAGGCUAUUAAGGAAAAGAAAGGUUGUUUCAAAUGCCCACACUUGGAUAUGAGUGCAGACAACACAGAGUACAAGGUGGCAAAGAAAACCACGAAGCUUAAUAGAACUAAAACUGAGUACACGAGGUGCGGUUUCUGUAUUACUAGGCACGAAGAGGAGGAGAAUGUUGGCCAACUAAAAUGGCGACAUGUCCAACAGUUGGGUGUAGCAGAGAUGCACACGCUGAGAUGGAUAUGUGGCCACACAAGAAAGGAUUGGGUCCAGAAUGAUGAUAUACGUGAUAGAGUUGGGGUAGCACAGAUUGAAGAGAAUUUUGUUCAAUAUCGUCUGAGAUGGUUUGGGCAUAUACAACACAGCCGCCGCCAUGCCGCGACCUUGCUAGCUGCUGGUCAUCCAGCACGCACUGCUCGUGACUGCCGCAAACAUGAAUGGCACCACGAUGUGCCCCAUGCGCUCCACCCUGACGAGCUCGCUGGAGCCCAUGUUGCCAUGCUGGCGGAGCCAGGAUUUGCGACAUGGUUCUGUUCAAAGAAUAAUCAGAACAAAUCUUCAAGUUCAACUGGUAAUUGGGUACAAUGCCGUGAGGUCUUGAGCACAGGAGAUCCUAACAAGCCAGUAAUCUGCGGCAAGUGGAGAAGGAGGAACACAGCAGCAGAGGGGCGGAUCCAGCAGAGGAAGAGGAGCAGAAUGCUCCUGGCCACCACCGCCGGCAAUGGCGGGUCAGUGGGUGGUGGCGGCGGCCUGGUCCCAGGGCACCCCUAUAUGUUAGUCAGUCAGAUGAUUGGGAUUGUUUUUGUUGUCUUCUCUGGGAUCCAGCUCAUGCUGAUUGUGCUGUUCCACAGUUAA